GCAACGUUUCUUGUUUCUUUUUCUUUCUACUCCUGGUAGACCACACCAAUUAAAACCUAAAACCUCUUUUUGAUUUCUCUCUUUUUGCUUUUCUUUUUUUAUUUCUUUUUACCUAGUCUGGUCUGGUGGCUCUUUUCAAGCCAUGUCAGGUUUGUACAAUCCCAACUUCUCACCUUCACCUGUGAGAGCUGCUGCAGCUUCUGCUCAGAUUAGAGGCACCCCAUCUUCAGAAAUGGAUAGUCAGUAUCUGUCAGAGUUGCUGGCAGAGCGUCAAAAGCUUGGACCUUUCAUGCAAGUGCUUCCUACAUGCAAUCGCCUCUUGAAUCAAGAAAUAUUAAGAGUCUCUGGAAUGUUGUCCAAUCAAGGUUUUGGUGACUUUGAUAGACUGCGGCAUAGAAGCCCUAGUCCUAUGGCUCCUUCGAACCUCAUGUCUAAUGUCCCUGGGACAGGAUUGGGUGGAUGGAAUGGUCUUCAGCAGGAGAGAUUAUGUGGAACUCCUGGAAUGACAAUGGACUGGCAAGUUGCCCCUGCAAGUCCUACUUCAUACACUGUUAGAAGGAUAUUACGCUUGGAAAUUCCUGUUGAUACAUUCCCCAAUUUCAAUUUUGUUGGAAGACUUCUGGGACCUAGAGGCAAUUCUCUGAAACGGGUAGAAGCAACAACAGGUUGCAGGGUGUUUAUUAGAGGAACAGGAUCUAUAAAGGAUCCAGACAAGGAAGAGAAGUUAAGAGGAAAACCAGGCUAUGAGCAUCUCUAUGAGCCGCUCCACAUAUUGAUCGAGGCUGAUUUACCUGCUAAUAUUGUUGACAUCAGGCUUAGGCAGGCUCAGGAAAUCAUAGAAGAACUGCUCAAACCUGUCGAUGAGUCACAGGACUAUGUCAAGAAGCAGCAGUUGCGGGAAUUAGCAUUGCUGAAUUCAAAUUUAAGAGAAGAGAGUCCUGGGCCAAGUGGUAGUGUAUCUCCAUUUAAUUCUGGUGGAAUGAAAAGAGCAAAAACUGGCAGAUGAAAGUUUUACUUGUUGUAGAUCCCUAUUAUCGUUUUCCAGCAAUCCGUUGCUGGAAAUAUCUUCCCGUACAUCUCAAUCAAUGCAGUUAUGAAAAGAUUAGGCUAACAAUUAUUGAAGGCUAGUGUUUUGGUGGUUUUUGCUCCCUCUAUAGUCCUACAUCUUUCUUCUUAAACAGCAGCAGGUAAUGGUAGAAAAAGUUUUAGAAAAAAAAAGUGAUCGAAAAAAUAUAUAUAAAGUUUGGUAUUGAGAAUAGGAUUAUUGAGAUCAGUCUUUUUCAUGUAAACUUAAUACAUUUAUUGGAUUUAUUCUUGUGUCUGUAACUUAUGAGAAUUGUGGUAUAUACAAGGUGAUGGAUGGAGUUUUAGGUCUAAGUCAGAUCAAGUUUUGUGGGCCUUGGCAUUUUAAUUGGUAUUGAAAUAUUUUAAAGUUAGCAUA